GGGCGCGGUACCGGAAGCUCCGCGCCCGCCCCUCCCCUCCCCGCGGCCGGCGGCGGCGGAGCCCCAGCGAGGCCCGGCCCGGCCCGGCCGCGGUUCCCGGAGCGGCGGCGCCCGGCGCUCGCAGAUCACCCGGAAGACACAAUGAGUGUUAAAGCUUUCAAGCUCGUUUCUGCUGUCGAGCGGGAGGUGUUAAUGGGAGACAAAAAUCACAUCAACAUCGAAUGCAUCGAGUGUUGUGGAAAGAACCUCUAUAUUGGAACCAACGACUGCUUUAUCUAUCACUUUCUGCUGGAUGAAAAGCUAUCGACAGCUGGAAAAAUAUCUUUUGCUGCCACCAAGCAACUGCAUAAAUACCUGGGCUUCAAGAAGCCAGUGAAUGAGUUGAAAGCGGCAUCUGCACUCACCAGGCUUCUUGUGCUCUGUGACAACACGAUAACACUAGUUAAUAUGAUGAACUUGGAACCUGUCCCCACUGGUGCUAGAAUCAAAGGAGCUGUGACGUUCACUUUAAAUGAAAACCCUGUGAGUGGGGACCCUUUCUGCGUCGAAGUCUGCAUUAUCUCGGUCAAGCGACGGACCAUUCAGAUGUUCAUGGUGUUUGAAGACAGAGUCCAGAUCGUGAAGGAAGUGUUUACUCCAGAGCAACCCUGUGCCGUGGCUGUAGAUGGCUAUUACUUGUGUCUUGCACUUACUACACAGUAUAUCAUUUUGAAUUACAAUACUGGCGUCUCCCAGGAUCUGUUUCCUUUCAGUAGCGAUGAGAAACGGCCGAUUGUGAAGAGGAUUGGCAGGCAAGAGUUUCUGUUGGCUGGUCCUGGAGGGCUAGGAAUGUUUGCAACUGUAGAUGGCAUUUCACAGCGUGCCCCCGUGCACUGGUCCGAGAACGUGAUUGGAGCAGCUUUGUGCUUUCCCUACGUUGUUGCUCUAGAUGAGGAGUUCAUUACAGUGCACAGCAUGCUUGACCAGCAGCAAAAGCAAACCUUACCUUUUAAAGAAGGACACAUUCUACAGGACUUUGAAGGAAAGGUGAUUGUUGCUACCAGUAAGUGUGUGUAUAUCUUGGUGCCGCUGCCUCUGGAGAAACAGAUUCAGGAUCUUCUAGCUAGUCACAGAGUGGAAGAAGCCCUUGUUCUAGCAAAAGGAGCUCGAAGAAAUAUUCCAAAAGAGAAAUUUCAGGUAAUGUACAAACGAAUCCUGCAGCAAGCAGGUUUUAUACAGUUUGCACAGCUUCAGUUCCUUGAAGCAAAAGAGCUCUUCAGAAGCGGCCAGCUUGAUGUCCGGGAGCUGAUCUCUCUCUACCCCUUCCUGUUGCCUACUUCCUCUUCAUUUAUACGGUCUCAUCCCCCUCUGCAUGAGUAUGCUGACCUCAACCAGCUGACCCAAGGGGACCAGGAGAAGAUGACAAAAUGCAAACGAUUCCUCAUGAGUUACUUGAAUGAAGUCCGCAGCACUGAGGUUGCAAAUGGCUAUAAGGAAGACAUCGACACAGCUUUACUCAAGUUAUAUGCAGAGGCGAAUCACGAAAGCCUGCUAGAUCUGCUAGUUUCGGAGAACUUUUGUCUUUUAACAGAUAGCGCAGCCUGCCUGGAAAAGCACAAAAAGUAUUUUGCCCUUGGUCUCCUGUAUCACUACAACGGUCAAGAUGCUGCAGCACUUCAGUUAUGGGUGCAGAUAGUUGACGGAGACAUUGAAGAUUCUACACGUUCAGAUCUCUAUGAAUAUAUAGUAGACUUCCUUACAUUCUGCUCAGACCAAGAUCUAGUGUGGAAAUACUCUGAAUGGGUUUUACAAAAAAAUGAAGAGGUUGGAGUACAGAUUUUUACUAAAAGGUCUUUGGAAGAACAGGAGAAAAACAUCAAUCCAGAUGAUAUCAUCAGUUGCCUUAACAAAUACCCUAAAGCACGUGUUAAAUAUCUAGAACAUCUUGUAUUAGAAAGAAAAAUAGAGAAAGAAAAGUAUCAUACUCACCUAGCUGCAUUGUAUUUGGAGGCAAUACUUCAGCUAAAAUCUGUGACCACGGAUAAUUGUACAGAAACAACUGAACUUCUGUCGAAACUACGCAGUCUUCUUCAAAAAUCUGAUCUUUAUAGAGUUCACUUUAUUUUGGACAAAGUCCGUGGCACGGACCUUCAUAUGGAAAGUGCAAUUUUAUAUGGAAAACUAGAAGAACAUGAGAAGGCUUUGCAUAUCCUUGUCCAUAAGUUAAAGGACUUCCAUGCUGCUGAAGAAUACUGUAUAUGGAACUCUGAGAACAGAGAUCUGCAGUACAGACGGAGGCUUUUCCAUAUGCUGCUGUCGGUAUAUCUAAAUCCAGGCGCUUCGGAUUAUGCGCUAGUCAUGGCUGCUGUGGAUCUGUUGAAUAACCACGCUGCUGAGUUUGAUGCAGCUCUGGUUUUGCAGCUGGUGCCUGACAGCUGGUCAGUGCAGCUCCUUUCCCCCUUCCUGGCCGGAGCGGUGAGGCAAAGCAUUCAUACAAAAAGAAUGACUCAGGCUGCACUUGGGUUAGCACAAGCCGAAAACUUGAUCUACAAAUACGAGAAGGUCAAACAAAAAGGAACCCCAAUUCUCCUUUCGGACAAAAAAGUCUGUCAAGUGUGCCAAAAUCCUUUCUGCGAGCCUGUAUUUGUAAGAUACCCGAAUGGGGUUAUGGUCCACACACACUGUGCUGCAAACAGACGUCUGAAUUCAAACGUGGCUCAUCGCUCUUCCAGCUCCAGCAAUCAGACUUGAAAUAUGUUCCAGAUCCCACAAGUUCCCAUGACUUACACCCCGUUGAAAGUGGGCUGGAAAAAAGAACAAAGUGCAGCUACUUUAAGUAUAAAUCAAAAUGAACAGAUAGUCCUUGGGUUAAUGGGAAGAAUUCCAUAAACAUAAAAUAUGGCCACUUGCCUUCUAAAUUUCUAAUGAAUGUUGAUACAGGAAAAAAAAUCACUACCACAGAGAGGUGUAAAUAUAGUCUAUUCUGUACAUAGUAAUAAACAGACAAAGAAAGCAAGCCUUUUCUUCACAGUAAGGAUGAAUGUUAUGGAGACAAGGUAAACAGUUAUUUUCAGAAAUGUCACUUUGCACUGAAUGUGGUGUUGAUAAACAUGUAGAGGUGGAGAUGGCAUCUCUUGAAGUUGGAAUUCUUGGAGCAUUACAUGACAAGACUGGGAUAAUGCAGCUGACUAUCAGGACAAAAACAUACUUUGGUUAUGAUGUUUGCUGCAGCAUGUCCUCUUUUGGAUUCUCUUCCCCAGGAUCACGUUAUGAACUUGUUCUUUGCUCUACGAGUCAUUGGCUUUUGCACUUUUUAGUACUUUUAUUUCCUUCCCCUCUCCUCUGCUGUAUAGAAUUUAAACUUGAGCACUGGUCUGUUAGGUUUCUACUCCUACAGUUACUGUAGUAAACUGAGUGGAAACUGAUUGCCUUGGUCACACAGCUGUGCUCGGAAGAAAAAAAUGAAGUCAGAUUGUCUGGUCAGACUGUAGUCACUUUUAUAUGGGGAAGAUACUUUAAUAUUGAUUUAUUUAUUAAUAUGCAAAUAUACUGUACAUACAGUUGAAUAAAUUGAUCCUAUCAUAGAGUUUCCUUGGAGGAUAAGGAUGUAGCUGAUGCAUAAGCAUAUAGGUUACAUGCUAAAUGUUUGCUAUAACAUAACUUAAGCAGAUUGAAACUCCACAAGAAUGGGUGUUAGUACCUGUGGAUGACUUCGUGCAAUCAGAAUCAUGGAAAGGUGGUAUAAUUGGGAGCAAAUCUACAAAGAUGCACUACAGGGGUACUGGAUUUGUUGUAUUCUACAAAACAUUCUGUAAACUAAAGCUUUUCAGACAACAAAAAAUAUUUAACUGCCAGGAUGAGCUGUUUAACCAUUUUAAAGCAAAUUAAAAGAAGCAGCGUCCCAGAAAAAAAAGAUUUGAAAAUGAUGACUUUAAAUAAAAGUUAAGAAUUUCAAAGUCAAAGCAUUUCUUUCAAUUUUUUAAUGCUCUAAUAAACAGUGAACAGCAUGCAGCUGACAGUCAGUAGGGCUUCUUACUGUUUUAGUGUUCCAAAUCAGAAUUCAGACUUCCCGUAAAGUGGAUCAUCUGCAUGAUAUCAUCUAGUUGCGGUCUCAGCAGAAGUCUCAGAAGUGUUAUAAGGCUGUUUCAUAAGCCAGCCUUUCCAUAAACAUUGUGUUGCAUCCAGGAAUGGGCAACCAGACUACAUCCAGGAUAUCCAUUUCUUUCUAUUUGAAGCAAAAGUCCUUUGGAUCUUUCUCUUUCCUGAAUCAGAAAUCAGAAAAGUAUAGCCAUUGUGUUGGGUUAAAAAAAGUUUAGCUCUUUCUACUAAGGUAUGUAAACAUUUAGUGAAAAGCACCUUCAAAAAAAGACAUUCUCUGUCACUUCUGACUUCUAUUAUGAGUGAUUCUCCUGUGUUUCAUUGAUACGAACAGGUUCUGUAUCUUGUAUUCAUGGUUUUCAAACGUAUACAAAUAACAGUGAUGAGAGACAAAUUUGUAGUUCCCUGUCCUCAUAAUAUUUGCUGAUAGAGAGGCAGUGACCUUUCAAAGAUCUGAUAAACUUUCUGUGUAUAGUAGCAUGCAAUUCAUAAGAAAUACUUUAUUUUGCUGCAAGCAUCCUCAGUGUGCUCUUUGUUCCUAUCUAAUAAGGAGGUAUUAAAGCAAACAUCACUCUCCAUGGUUAAGACUAAUUCUGGCUGCUAGAUAGUGAUGAACAAACUUAGUCUUUGUCAACUAGUGUUGCAAUGGAUUAGAGAUCAUAUUAUUCCAGACCAUAAGAAAAUUCUUAAUUGUUAUUGCAUGAAAAGGUAAGGCUGAAAAAUAUAAACUAUUUAUAUUAAUGAUUUUUCCAUUUUUUUUACAUUGGCUAAAACGUAGCAGUAACAAAUGUCUAUUUCUACAUACAGAACAAAUACAGAAAUAGGAGUAACGCAAGGUAGCAUAUCUGCAAUCGUUGAUGACCAAAAAGUGAUUGUUGAAGAUGGGAGAUCUAUCCUUUUUAGCCCUCCAGGAAUGGGGACUGGAAAAAGUAUUAGCAUUUGUUUCAUACAUUGUUAGAUUUUUUUUUUUCCCAGGUGAGUUUUAUACUGGAACUCACUUGGAUGAACUAAUAUGAAAGUCCCACGGUAGCAAAAACGAAAAAGAAAAAAAAAAACAGCAUGAGGCUGAGGUAGAGCAAGAGCUCAGCAGGGAGGUGGCAGGUGAAGGAUGCUGCUGCAGUGCGCGUAGAGCACUUCAGCAACUGGGAUAACCCACGGCCAGAGGAGAUGGCACCCUUAGUCAGAGUGGUGUGUGGGAUGCUGUAUUUUAUCACCAGGAAACUCGUGAAAGGUGUCUGUACUUAAAUCCUCGUAGGAGGACAACUACACCGCCUCUUCUGUAAGAACUUCAUAUUGGAGAACCUGAGUUCGUUCCUCCAUUUCUUAGUGCUGUCAGUUUGCUCAUUCUAGUUUUGUAUACCUGAAAUGCUGGGACAGCGUUGCUGCUUCGGUAAGUUCUGACAUGGAUACAGAGCAGUGAGGGAAUGAUAAUCUGGUGAUUAAUUGCCAACUAGAUUAAUAAAGGCAGGAAAGAAAAUUAUUUUGUUGACCAUCCUUCUAGAUCUGAAAUUGAAGGGACUUGGGGCUCUGAGAGGUAAAGCUUGAAGCUGCUGAUUUUUGUUCUUCUCUCUGUCCAGUCAGGGGAUGUGACCUGCCCUUAGAGAAAAGAGAUUGAAGCAGAAUAUUUCUUCUUAAUUUAGCUCUUGGUAAAAUAUUUCUUUGUAAUUUAUCAUCAUUUUUUUUUUUGCUGAUGAAUGUCCUCAAUUUUGUAUGUGUUGAAAUCCAAACACUAGUGCAGGAUUUCUGUAAUGUCACAGGGCGUCUGUGAUUCUGGGCAUAACAGGUGAGGUUAGUCUCUCACACGGAUGCUUUUGCAGGUAUGGAGACUCAUUUACCACAAUUUCUAAUUAAGGAAAUGCUGCAUUUCUGACUUUAUUUUUAGCCAUCCUCUGUUACGGUGGCUGACACAUACAAAAAACACUUCUUAAGCACUUCUAUUUCUUUUGUGUAUCCUCUUUUCCUCUCAUAAAAAUUGUCUAUUAUCUGUGUGUAUGUCAUCCUGUGCAGUUUUUUCCUUCUACAAGACAAAAAGAGGGAAGAAGUUGCCCAAAAUCUGGCGCUGUGUUCAAAGUAACGGCUGUACAUUUAUGACUAGGGAGAGUUUAAGUCUUCAUUUCUGUGAUUUGAAGAGAUAGCUAUCAUGUAAAUAAUAUCAGAAUAAUGGGCUCAAAGUCUGGAAAAACAUGAGUUAUUUUUCUUUAUACAGAGUACACCAGAAGAACCAAUGAAGUGACUUUUUCGGGCAGCCUGUCCUCCAGCGGCUCAGUUGUGCACAGGAGCUUAGGCUACAAUGGGAAUGGGCUUUACUGCCCACACUCCAACCUCCAAAACCUAUAACCUGUAUUACCCAAUUAAUAUUCCUUUCCUAGCCCUAAAUAAAUUGACAUGGGUGUUAGUCUGGAGAGUUCCAGAUGUUCCUUAGCACAUCUAUAUCUGUUCAAUAAAAUGUCUCUUAGUUACAUCAACAGCAUGAAAAGCUUAUAAUGCCAACUGUGGAAAGGUGGUGGUAGAGAUGGAGUUUGUCUAUGUUUUCCGAGACCUUCAUUACAUAUUUGAGCACACAAGCAUUAUCCUGAUUCUGCUUAAUCUUUAUAAUGAAACCUGUUAUUUGCAAGACUUCUAUCCUGAAUGACAUUAAAAGAUGUUAUUUUAUACAGUUUAAUCAAGAGGUAGCUUCAUUUUAUUACUUCUCCCAAUUUGCCGCAGUCUUUAUUCAGCACAGACCUAAGUCUUUUAUUACAUCCUGCUGUUUAUAAUUGGCAGUAACUGAUACAUUUUCAUUGUGUGCUCUCCUCCCAUUGCAUCUAUUUACUGCUUUUUCUCCUGCUGUACAACACUUUGGGGCUUGUGCCCUGUGAACACUGAUAAUUAAAUGUGCUGCUAUCUUUAAAGGAAAAAAAGUUAAUGACAUUCUACAAUGUUUGAUUAUAAAAAUGAAGUUCCCCUGCAGUAAGUUUUGUUUGGAUGGAAAUCUGUACUGUUAAUGCUUUCUGACUUAAUGGUUAUGUUGGUGAACAUAUACAGCAGUCUGUGAAAUGUACAAAUGUAUAAAUAUGUUGAUUUUUAAUAAAUACUUUUAAUUAUG